UCCACCCACUCUACUGCCGAUCACAUGGCAGUGAUGUCACUCCCACAGUAACCUGAAAUGCCGGUAUGUGCUGUGCAAGUGCUGCUGUACCCACGUGAAUAUGCUGUCACUUAAAAGUCUGUGUGCGCUCCGCCUUGGACGAUGUCUUAGUAAUGUGGCGUCUAAAAAUCUUGAGGGACAAAGAUUAAUGGUGGUUGGACUGGGGAACUAUAUCAUGGCAGGAACCCGGCACAGCAUUGGCAUGGCUGUGGUGAAUCAGUUAGCCCGCAGACUGAAUAUUUCAGAUCGGUGGAAGGCAGACAAAAAAACAGGAGCAGACCUUACUGACACUGACAUUGAUGGGAUGCACAUUGUGCUAAUGAAACCCCGCCAGUUCAUGAAUCUUAAUGGAAAGAGUGUGGCAAAUGCAGUAAUACAUCUGUUUCCCAUAGCUACCAAGUUUCAACUAAAACCUGAGAAUAUUUAUCUCCUGCAUGAUGAGCUGGACAAGCCUCUUGGCAAGGUAUCCCUGAAGUUUGGAGGAAGUGACAGAGGCCAUAAAGGUGUUCGCUCUUGCAUAACAAGCCUGCAGUCAAAUAUCAUGACCCGUCUGUUAGUUGGCAUUGGACGUCCUGCUGAUCGCUCCUCAGUAGAAUGGCAUGUUCUUGGGCGGUUCACCAAGGCUGAGCAAGACCUUCUACCAGAUAUUUUGGAGAGGAGUGUAGACCUGGUGCUAUCACACAUCAAACAAAACACUGGAUCAGAGCCUUCCAGAAAACCUGCAACCUCGCAGGACCCCAUCAAGUCCUGAGAGGAAGAAAUGCACAAAAUUAUGACUGAUACUCACUGAUAUUGAUUACAGCUUUAUCCAGGGAAAUGUGUGUCGAAGGCCAGUAUCCUGCCUUGAGGUGUUUAUAUGUUCAAGAAAAACUUUUUGCAAAAAUAUUUCUAAAUCAUACAUGACUUGGAAUGCGUUCUGCUGCCUUGUAAUGGGAAUAACACUCGCACACCCUUUGUGCUGAUAAUAGUGAUAAGCUUGGUGCCCAGUGUUUGGAGGAUACGGCAACCUCCUGAUACUUGUAAAGAAACACACUGGCACAAAAGACGUGUAGUUGCAAAAGUUUUUCUGCUGCCUUGUUCCUGUAACAUUUUUUGGAUUUACAUAGUGGACCUGCUCAAUGAUUUUCUGUGCCAAAUGAUGUAGUAUUGUAUUCAUCAGAAAAACACAGGCUCAAAAUACAAGAAACAAAAUCUAGCUUAUAUGUAUGUCAUUGAUAUAAUUACUUUUUAUAUUGAAAUAAUAGAAAAGCAAAAAUAAAAAUGUCCAGAAUGAUAUU